ACGAACUUCGAAGAUGUUUAACUGAAAAAGACAAUGAACUGGAUGAAUUUAGGGAAAUGCAGAAGAAAUUGAAGUUCUUAGAGAAACUCAUUGAAGAUACGCGAAAAAGUGAGAGAGAACUUGAAAAGAAGUUCGAUAAGAACUGCCAGCAAAUGCAUCUCGAUAAGAUUGUCAAUUCAACUUGCUCGGCAAUCGAUGAGAUUAAGAAGAUCAUGUGUCCAUGCGAGGAUCAGGACUAUGAGGGAGACAUUGAAGAUUCCGACGAGGAAGUCGCUAAAGUAAAUGAUGCUCCUUCUGUUGAGUACCUCAAUAAAUUGCUGUGUGAACUUCAAGAGAUUUCCCUCCUGGCCAGAGAAUCUAAAUACUAUUGCGAUCAACUGAAGAAUAAUCUUGAAGAACGAGUAAAUGAAAUUUUGAGCAUAAAACUUAGUACAGGAUGUAUUGAGCCUGAAAGAGUUGACCAAGGGAUGCAAACUGAUAAGUUUUUCAAUGAGGAUUUCAAAUCAAGAUCAGUAAAGAAGGAAAAGUCCUCAUCAUUAGAAGGCAAAUUUGCCCAAGAAGAUCAUUUCAGCUUGAUGAGCAGUGUUCAAGAAGAUCUCACGAGCUUCCAAGACAGAGAUUCCUGGGUCCUUGAGAAAAAGAAGUUUGAAGAUAAAUCUAUUUCAGUGAAGAUUCCGGAUACUCCCAAAGAAACUUCUGAUAAAUCUACAGAAACUGUUCUUCUGGAACAUCAAUCCGUGGAAUGUCAAGCUGAUCUUGAUGAAUCCCAAGCGGAAAUGCUCUCUCAAGUUGUUCAACAAACUUUGGAUGAGACUCUGACAAAUAUCGCUUCACAGAGCAUAACAUCAAUUUCCCAAGAAGAAUCAAAGAAUAUGGAAAUGAUCAAGAAACAAGAAAAUCUGAUUGAUGAGCUUAAUAGAGAAUUAAUAAUAAAAGAUAGUGAAUUGUAUGAAUUGCAGAUACAAUUUGCAGAUAUUAAGAAGAUCAAUAAUCAAAGCAAAGAAACAUUGUCCAAGGUGGAGAAGGAAAAUGUAGCACUGAAGAGUAAGAUUAAAGAACUGAAUGAGAAAAUUAAAAAUGACAAUUUAAGGACUGAGGAGGAAAAUGAAGUGUUAAAGAUGAACAUCAAGGAACUAAAUGAGAAGAUUCAUAAUGAUAGCCUCAAGUUUGAAGAAGAAACCGAAGCUUUAAAGCUCCAAAUCAAGGAAUUAAGUGAAAAAAUUAAGAAAGAGGAACUGAAAAAGAUAAAGAAAUCCCCUCUAAAACAGUUUAAAUCACAAGGCAUUGAUGUUCAGUCUUUGCCGUAUCCGGAACUCAAAAUAAAGAGCGCAGAACACCCUGAAGAUCCACAAAGCUCCCUCUCGAAAGCUACCAAAAUAAAGUAUCACAGCACUGAAGACUCCCUGAGCCUUUCAAUUUCUCAAAACUUCUCUGCCAACUCCAUCAAUUCAGCGAAUGUCCAAGAAGAUGGACAGAGCUCACAGAAAACUCUUCCUGCAAAAAAGAAGUCCAAUUCGAUCAUCAGUCGCAGAUCUUCAGAGAACAGUGCUAAAAAUUCACUGGCAUCGAGGGAGAGUAGCAUGGGAGUCAGGCCCAAGGUCCAGAAAAACAAAGGGAAGAACUCCGUAUCUACAAAGAAACUUGCAGAAUCAAGAAAAGUUGCUUCUUCUGAUAAAAUUGUGUCAAACCCAGGAAUUGAUCAAGGAAAUGAUCGGGAAAUAGGGAAGGAUCAUGCAAGUCUUCUGGCUGAAAUUGAUUCAAUGGCUGAUGAUGUUGAGAAUCCCAAUUUGAAGAUGAUUGCAUGGAAAAUCAUCAAUACUGGAUUUAAGUCCCUCGGAAGCGAAGACCUCAAUUUGCUGCACUGCCAGAUUGUCAUGGCUGAAUUCCGGAAGAAACCCAAGACGAAAGUCACAACAAUUCACUUCAAAUCCACAGAAGUCUCCUGCAAUUCCGUGACACGGAACAGCCUUUCACGAAUUGGUCCCCUCCUUGAACGACUCCACGUCUGCAAGCUCAGAGCGAAGGACUUUCAGGAGAAAUUGCUGUACAGAACUCUGGAAAAAAUUCUCACGUGCGAAUAAUAAAACUCUUUUUGUUCUUGGA